UGCGCAGUGUUUCGCGGGGCCCCCCUCUCAGACCCAGCGCCACUGAUGAUCACAGCCUAGCGAUCAAUCGAAGACGCGGAGAGUCGAUAUUUGCGUUUGGGGAACGUAGGCUGCAGAAGGACUCAAGUUUACAGCAACAGGCGACACCGGAGAGUGUACCGGACUAACUUCCCUGCUCCGCGGAGUCAUGGUUUCCUAAUCUCCUGGAUCGCUCUUCAUGUUUGGAUCCGUUUUCGCCCGCAGAGAGACGGGUUUGGAUGUUAUUACCGUAAGUGCGUGGUGAAGGCUUAUUUGCGUGAUCUGAAUUUCAAUGAACCGACUCGGGACAUCUGCAACUUUCGAUGGGUUGCAAUGACGCCUAACGCGGGAGUAUACUGGUGGUCAAACCUUGAAAGUUGAUCCUCCUCGAAUAAUUUGAUGAUUUGGCAUUAAAACUGAACGCAAACUUCGACUAGGGAACGCUCCAGAAGGGGAACCAUGGCAGGAGACUUGAAACCGCGACUUUGUCUGAUGACUAAAGGAGAGGGAGGCUACGGGUUUCACUUGCACGGGGAGAAGGGCAAGAGUGGGCAGUACAUCCGAAAAGUGGAGCCCAACUCCCCCGCCGAAGCCUCAGGCUUGCGCGCGGGGGACCGAGUCGUGGAGGUGAACGGGGAGAGCGUGGAGAGAGAGACGCACCAUCAGGUGGUGACUCGUAUCAAGGCGCUGGAGGGAGAGACUCGUCUGCUGGUGGUGGACCGGGAGACGGACGAGUACCUGCACAGUCUGAGACUCACCUGCACGGAGGACAUGGCCGUACGCAUCACAGCGUCCCCUGCCCCCGUGUCCACGGCAACAGGCUCCUCCCCUUCCACGCCCUCGCCACCGCCCACUCCCAGCAAACGCCACAACGGCCACGCCUCCAAGACGAGCAGUAGCCCCGCCCCCAAGACGAGCAGUAGCCCCGCCCCCAAGAUGACCCCCGCCGCCCUGAGCAGUGACCCCACCAAACCCACACGCAGGUCACCCUCACGGGCCACCAAGAAGGAGGCCCCCCCCGUGACCCCCCCUGCGGUGCGAGAGGUGUGUGAGCAGGUGUGUGAGCAGGUGUGUGCUCCGCGGCUGUGUCACCUGGUCAGAGCGGAGCUUGGAUACGGCUUCAACUUGCACAGCGACAAGUCCCGUCCCGGACAGUACAUCCGCUCCCUGGACCCCGACUCACCUGCCGACCGCGCCGGCCUCAGGCCCCAGGACCGGCUCAUCGAGGUAAACGGGGUGAAUAUUGAGAACAUGCGGCAUGCUGAGGUGGUGGCCUUCAUUAAGAGCGCAGGGCCGGAGACUCAGCUGCUGGUAGUGGACCCUGAUACUGAUGACCACUUCAAGAGGAUGGGGGUCACCCCCACCAGCAGCCACGUCAGAGACUAUACUAACGGCUCCCAGAGUCCUCGGAUGAACGGCAGUUCUACGUCUCACUCCACACACUCCGAGAUCAGCAGCACAGACGCCAGCACACUGAUGUCGGAGGGCUCGUCGGGGGGCAGUCGUCUGCUGGACCCGUUUGCAGAGAUGGGUCUGCGUCUGAGCCAGACAGCGGCGGAGGCACGAGAGAAAGCGCACGCCAAGCGCACCAAGAAGAGGGCGCCGCAGAUGGACUGGAGCAAGAAAUACGAGCUCUUCAGCAACUUCUAACACACACACACACACACACACACACACGCACGCAUGUGUAAAGAGAAGCUGGAGUUGGAACUGUGAGCUCUUCAGCAACUUCUAACACACAAACACACACACACACACACACACACACACACAGGCAUGUGUGAAGAGAGGCUGGAGUUGGAACUGUGAGCUCUUCAGCAACUUCUAACACACACACACACACACACACACACAUACGGCAUACGCGCAUGCAUAAAGAGGGACUGGAGUUGGAACUGUGAGCUCUUCAGCAACUUCAUACACACACACACACACACACACACACACACACACACAAAGAUGCAGUGGAGUUAGAACUAUGAGAUCUUCAACUUCUUUUAACACACACACACACACACACACACACACACAGGCAAAAAUGGAGUGGAGUUGGAACUAUGAGCUCCUCAGCAACUUCUAACACACACACACACACACACACACACACACACACACACACACACACACACACACACACACACACACACACACAAAGUGGGAUUGGAGCAGGAACUAUGAGUUCUUCAGCCACUUCUGACACCGUAACCCCUCAAAACACGCCACUCCUGUAAACAUUUCAAUGACACACUCGCCCAAAAACAAACCCCGCGUCCACAUGCGCACGCCACACACAUACACACACACACAGACACACACACACUCUUUUCCCAAAAACAACACUGCAUAAACACACACACACACACACACACACACACACACACAUAACACACACAUACUCAAAUAACUCAAAUCAACCAAGUGUUACACACAGGGCCUGGAGAAGGAGUGCCCUCUCCUGAUUGGUCUAGACGUUGAUGGACAAGCGGCUCAGCCUCUGUGGUACGCGUAGAGAUGUGAGAAACUCCCCUGUGGACAUGGACCAAUCAGCAUCCUCAGACAUUUACUUCCUCUUCCUGUUCCAGACAGCUUCCUGCCGCACAGCCUUCUGGGAGAGAUCAGGAGCUCAUCACACACACACACACAUAUACACACACACACACACACACACACACACCACACACACACACACACACACACACACACACACACACACACACACACAGACAUCUGGUCCCUGCAGGAGAGACCCUGGCUCUGUGUCUCUAAUGCCCCUUUUCCACUGCCAAACUAGGCCGAUUCUACACGGUACGGUAUAGUGCGGCUCUACACGGUACGGCAUAGUGCGGCUCUACACGGCACGACACGGUACGGUAUAGUGCGGCUCUACACGGCACGGUAUAGUGCGGCUCUACACGGUACGGUAUAGUGCGGCUCUACACGGCACGGUAUAGUGCGGCUCUACACGGUACGGUAUAGUGCGGCUCUACACGGUACGGCAUAGUGCGGCUCUACACGGUACGGUAUAGUGCGGCUCUACACGGCACGGUAUAGUGCGGCUCUACACGGUACGGUAUAGUGCGGCUCUACACGGCACGACACGGCACCAGUACUAUUUGCUUUUCCACCUAAGCCGUGACCCGAAAGUGGGCGGAGUCGGCGGGGUUCCCACUGACGUGACGUCGGUUUCAGGCCACUAGAAAUUGUCACGCAGCGGUGGAAACUUUCUGUCUUGAUAAGCAGUAAUAGCAUACAAACACAAUUGUGAUUACAGUGUUACUGUCUAAAAUCAUCCAUGAUAGCAAUGAAUCAUUAUAUAGGACACGGAAUGAAUAAUUUAAUUAGUCGAGCUGGCUAGAACUAGCGAACGCUAGCUUAAAAAGCUAACAAGUGAAUGGCAUACUAUGGCAAUACAGCAAUGUGCUACCAGGUCACUAACAGUUGAGGGACUUCGCUUAAACUGAAAGUUCACUUGAAUAUAAACUACCCACUUUAACUAAUGUCACUAAUGUUAUUCAGGUAAUUGUGACUUCAAAGAAAUUACACUUCUCCGCUUAAAAUGUUACCUUAGCUAGGAGGCUAGCUAGCUCGCUAGUAGGCUAACCAGACAGUAACCGGCAACAGCAUUGUCUGAUAUUAAGUUAUUUUCUUAACGAAUCCAUACACUAAAAAUGACACUAGGCGACCAUGUCAGGACGUUGCAUAUCGUCGGUUUAGACGUUUAAGCGAUCGACCAUCUGUGCAACAAACUGCAUCCAGCUAUGGAACUGAAAAGCACAAACUUCCGUAGAUGUGUGCCCUUCAAGAAAAGUGGCGAAUUACAUCAUUUCAUCUGACCUAUCAGCGGACAGCACUGUUCACGUGACAUUUUAGUAUCGGCUAGUCCCGACUAGACCCACCUCUGAAACAGGUACGAGCAGGUGCUAAAAAUCGUAACAGGUCCCACCUUCAAUCCGCAGUGGAAAAGCUCCCAAUCAGGGUAGAGUCGCACCGUGCCGUACCGUACCGUUAUGAAAAUGUGCAGUGGAAAAGGGGCAUAAGAGACUUGUGAUGCUGGAUCUCAUGCUGAGAGGGGGGCUGGGAACAGCAGUUCAGACUAUGGCCACCAGGAGGAGCAGUUCAGACUAUGGCCACCAGGAGGAGCAGUUCAGACUGUGGCCACCAGGAGGAGCAGUUACAGCUCCUCGCCACCAAGAGGAGCAGUUCAGACUGUGGCCACGAGGAGGAGCAGUUCAGACUGUGGCCACCAGGAGGAGCAGUUCAGACUGUGGCCACCAGGAGGGGCAGUUCAGACUAUGGCCACCAGGAGGAGCAGUUCAGACUGUGGCCACCAGGAGGGGCAGUUACAGCUCCUCGCCACCAGGAGGAGCAGUUCAGACUGUGGCCACCAGGAGGAGCAGUUCAGACUGUGGCCACCAGGGGUGGAAGAGGGACAGAGGUCCUUGGACACCCACACACUGGGGAGGGGCAGGAAACUACCAGCACCAGCAUGUAGAACACACACACACACACACACACACACACACACACACACACUGUUGAAGGCAAAAACAAGACUAUACACAAAAAGGAUUACCUUAUCUUGAUUAAAGCUGUGUGUGUGUGUGUGUGUGUGUGUGUGUUUGUUUGUGUGUGUGUGUGUGUGUGUGUGUGUGUGUGUGUGUGUGUGUGUGAUUUAAAGGAGCUCUUGUAUGCAAAAGGUGUGUGUUGAGGAUGUGUGAUUACCAAGUUACCAAGGUUAACACACACACACACACACACACACUAAUGCAAUCACACAUCUUCUCUGUUACAUACACAGAUACACAGGGAACUUUACAAACAUCAUGUACAUACACACACACACACACACACACCCCCCUUUGAGGAGAUACACUACCUGUUGGGACAGAACCACUGACCUCCAUGAGAAGAGACAUUCCAUGACAAUCACUGAAGAGCCCCGCCCCCUCUCAACACAGCUCCGCCCCCUCUCCUGAUUGGUCUAGACGUUGAUGGACAAGCGGCUCAGCCUCUGUGGUACGCAUAGAUUUAAAGGCUCCGCCCCCUCUCAAAACAGCCUGUUUUUAUUUUGAUCUCUAUUUACAGACAAAGUAUUGUACUCAUGAUAAUCCAGACAUAUGUGUUAGUAUGUUACCACUAGACCACACGCACGCGCGCGCAUACACACACACACACACACACACACACACACACACACACACACACACACACACACACACACACACACACACACACACACACACACAUUAUCCAGACAUGUAUGUUUCUACAUUACCACUAGUCCACACAUGCGUGCUAGGCUUCUGUCCCUGCUUCUAUUUGCAGUUUGGACUACAGCUUCUAAUGUGGCCCUGAUGAGCCUCUGAUGUGGCCUCUGAUGAGGCCCUGAUGUGGCCCUGAUGUGGCCCGGAUGUGGCCCGGAUGUGGCCCUAAUGUGGCCCUGAUGUGGCCUGAUGAGGCCCUGAUGUGGCCCUGAUGUGGCCCUGAUGUGGCUCUGAUGUGGCCCUGAUGUGGCCCUGAUGUGGCUCUGAUGAGGCUCUGAUGUGGCCCUGAUGUGGCCCUGAUGUGGCUCUGAUGUGGCCCUGAUGUGGCAGGUAGCUUCACCCCCAGUCCAGCGUGGCAUUGUCAUUUAAUAAUAAAUGAAGGAAUCUUCAAACUGG